GUCUCAUCUUCCAAAACAAUCAGUGCAGACACACUAAGACAGAAGUAGGACAUUUAAAAUGAUGCUUGCAACUAUUUUAUUUUUGUUUGCAUGUUCCGUGGAGAUUGUCUCGGGGGCAGCUUGGUGCUACCAGUCCCAAGUUACAUGCAAUCGUACCUGUGCAGGUCCAGACACAUGGGGAGUGGUUUCUCAGCACUGCGACGGCAAAUCUCAGUCUCCUGUUAAUAUUGUUACAAGGAGAGUACGACCAGAUGAACGCCUCACUCCUUUUCACUUCAUUGGCUAUCAAGACACUUUUCAUGGUUUCCUCAGAAACAACGGUCAUUCUGUUCAACUGGACUUGCCCUCUGGUAUAAGGAUCAGGGGAGGAAAUCUGACUGUGCCAUACAAGGCAAUUCAAUUGCACCUGCAUUGGGGCAGCGAUGGGGGGAUGGGUUCUGAACACUUGAUUGACGGAGAACAAUUCCCAAUGGAGAUGCAUAUUGUUCACAUAAAAGAAGAAUACGACUCUUUAUCCUGGGCUGUAAGAGACCACGCAGGUGUGGCUGUUCUUGGAUUUUUCUUUCAGGAGUCUGUCUCUGCAAAUAAGAAAUUUGAUCCUUUUUUAAAUGGCCUGAAAUACAUCCGACAACCCACCAGCAGCACCACACUGAGGGAUGUGGCCCUGGACAUGUUCAUUCCUCCGCAGAGCAACAUGACUAAGUACUUUCGCUACGACGGCUCCCUCACUACGCCGAGCUGUGCUGAAGCUGUCGUCUGGAGCCUGUUUGAAAACACUAUUCCUCUGAGCAGGAAGCAGCUCGCUGAAUUCUCCCAGCUGCGCUUUUCUGAUGGGAAGCAAAUGGUGCAAACCUACAGACCAGUGCAGCCGCUGAAUGGACGGCAGGUGUUUUACUCCAGAGGCCACAUUGCUGCUGUGAGCACCGGGUUACUCAUCAUGGCUGCGCUCGUGCCCGUUGCACUCUGCCUGCAUACUACAACAUGAACCUUUAUGAAUUUACCUUUAUGAAUAAAAGCAAGAAAUAUAAGAUUUUGUGUAUUUAAAAGUAAAUGAUGUCGACUGUAUGCACUGUGUGCAACGUUUUGUCUUGACACGAAUUGUAUGUUUAAUUUGUAGAUGUGGCAUCUUAACCACUCAUAAUGUCUUUUUUGAUUUCCACACCCAACAGCACUAAAGUCCACUAACAAUAUUGACCAAUCAAUCAUUUUCCCUACUUUUGAUUGCAAAGUUACCAUGCAUAUCGACUGAUAUUGUUAUACUCUUGUUAUAUGUUAUCAUGGUACAUUUGUUCAUAAUACCAAAGUGUUUGCUUUCCCUCCUGCAUAUAUUUGAACUUGUUUUGUUGUUUUUUUCUCGCGGUUCAGCCUCUGGGCAGUUAAUCAUCUGAAUUACGUGACAAAGCCAAUGAGAAAUCCAAAUAAAGAUUAAGAAAGAACAUUUCACCUUUA